CCACGCAACGAGUCAGGGAAGACGAGCGAGAAGGAGAGAGAAAGAGAGCUCCUCCUCUGAACUCAUACGCCAUUAUCGAGGAGCUUUAUUUCCUCUCCUGACUCUUUGAUUUUUGAAAUUCCCGAUCAAUCUUGCUCUAUUUUUUUUUUGUUCGAGAGAAAUCUAAUUCGUAGAAAUCAUGGGUUCGGAAGCGGCAAAUGAUCUGAACAAUCCGUUGUUGGAUUCUCCGAAACCGCAGGAAUCGGAGGCCGAUCACCGGCUGGAGAGCGUCUUGUCCGACACCCAUUUGCCGUAUUUCCGGCGACUUUACUUGGCUUCGAUGCUCGAGAUGAAGUUUCUCUUUCACUUGGCGGCUCCUGCAGUUUUCGUCUACUUGAUCAACAAUGGUAUGUCGAUUCUCACCAGAAUCUUCGCCGGUCAUCUCGGAAGCCUCGAGCUCGCCGCCUCGUCCCUCGGAAACAGCGGCUUCAACAUGUUCACCUACGGCCUCUUGCUUGGGAUGGGAAGUGCAGUGGAGACGCUAUGCGGGCAAGCGCAUGGAGCUCAUCGUUACGAGAUGAUGGGAGUUUAUCUGCAGAGAUCGACGGUGGUUUUGGCACUCACCGGACUUCCGAUGACGUUGCUCUUCGUUUUCUCGAAGCCGAUCCUAACUUUCCUGGGCGAACCAGCCGAAGUAGCUUCAAUGGCGUCGGUGUUCGUCUACGGGAUGAUCCCUCAGAUCUUCGCCUACGCAUUGAAUUUCCCGAUCCAGAAAUUCCUCCAGGCGCAGAGCAUCGUGAUGCCGAGCGCGUACAUCGCGGCGGCGACGCUGGUUCUGCACCUGCUCCUGUCAUGGGUGGCUGUAUACAGGCUGGGAAUGGGUCUGCUAGGGUUAUCGCUGGUCCACGCUCUUUCAUGGUGGAUCAUAGCGGUGGCUCAGAUUGUGUACAUAAAGAUGAGCCCUCGAUGCCGGAGGACAUGGGAGGGGCUCAGCUGGAAGGCUUUCGAAGGUCUGUGGGACUUUUUCCGGUUGUCGGCGGCGUCGGCGGUCAUGCUCUGUUUGGAGUCUUGGUACUCUCAGAUUCUUGUCCUUCUCGCCGGUCUUCUCAAGAACCCUGAACUCGCUUUGGAUUCUCUCUCCGUCUGCAUGUCAAUUUCAGCACUCUCCUUUAUGGUGUCGAUUGGAUUCAACGCAGCCGCCAGUGUAAGAGUGAGCAACGAAUUAGGAGGAGGAAACCCUAAAUCUGCGGCAUUCACGACGGCGGUGACGACAAUGGUGUCGUUGUUAUUGUCGGUGUUAGAGGCCGCCGUCGUGCUUUCAUGGCGCCACGUCAUCAGCUACGCCUUCACGAGCAGCCCCGCCGUGGCAGCGGCCGUCUCGGACAUGUCUCCGUACUUAGCCAUUACCAUCAUCCUCAACGGGGUCCAACCUGUCUUGUCCGGCGUCGCGGUCGGGUGCGGAUGGCAAGCGUUUGUGGCAUACGUGAACAUCGGAUGUUACUACGUUGUAGGAAUCCCAUUAGGGUUCGUUCUUGGUUUCACGUAUGAUAUGGGAGCUAAGGGAAUAUGGACAGGGAUGAUCGGAGGGACACUCAUGCAGACCAUAAUUUUGAUUAUCGUCACUGUCCGAACAGAUUGGAACAAAGAGGUGGAGAAGGCGACGAGGCGUUUGGAUGAGUGGGAAAGUGAAGGGCCGCUUCUAAAGCAAUAAAUAAAAAAAUUGGUCAUAUUAUUUUUUUUUUAAAUUUUCGGGCUAUCUGCUAAAUGUUGCAACGAUUAACCCCUUUGUUGAUCGUUAAUCUCUUGGUUAAUGGUUUUGGAAAGUUAAUCUCUUGAUCAAUGAGUUCCAUGAGGAAAUAUAUAUGUACAUUUUUUGUAAGAGGAAGUUAAAUUGUGGGGUGAGAUUGAAAGGGAGAAAAUGCUGUAUUCUUAAUUGUGUAAUCAAAACAUUGAUUUUGUCGAUGAUUUAGAAAAAAAUAGGUGGUUUGUGUGUG